AUCCAACCUUUACACCAUCUGCAUACGAUUCAUCCCCGCCUUCUAAUAAUUCGCCUCCAAUGACGCUGUAUAUGGAGCAUGUCCAGAACUGCUACUUCCUCCUGACAGGCUGGGACCAGUACAACUUCUACGACACAUUGCUUCAUGUUCCCAGACGGUUGCUCCAUUUUUCCACGCCCCAGGGCGUAUCGUUCUCGCUCUCGAACCAAUCCACAAAGUACACCGCCUCGAAUUUGCACCUCACAUCUACCGGGAGUAUUCAGGGGUCUGUGGGGUACUGCUAUAGCACCGUGCCGCUAAACAACGUGUUCACCACCCAGGACGGCAUUGUGGACCAGAUUCUUUACUACAAUCCAGCCAGUAAGGCCAAAAAUAGACAAGCCAAUCGUCUGUCAGAUACCAGCAGUUUGUACUAUGGUCGGAUGUACUUCCCGGGCUCCACACUAGAGGCAAUGUACAUCAAGCGCUUCAGUCCCACGGCCCAGCUCAUUGUAAAAUGCGUGUCGUUUCCAAGUUUAAAGCAGUUAAACAAAAAUUUGGGUGCUCUAACGUUCAACUACCAGAAAAUUACCGAGAGAUCGGCUCGUGAGUUUAUCUACUCCACUAAAGGAGGCAUGUUGGGCUUCCGGUACAUGUACCACGUUCCGUUGGACGUUGAGGCCGAUGACCUUCAGACUGCCGGCGGCGAAAGUAUGUUGUCUGCCAGUAGCUUGACGGUGGGUAGUGAGGUAUGGUACGGAAGCUUGAAUAUGUCUCCAGGAUUGUCUUGUGCGUUGCGGUACAGCUCCGUUAUAGCAUUGCAUCAGCGCUACGCUGCGUCCCGUUUGCCCAAAAUGGCCUUGCCGUUUAGUCUCUCCUUGGCGUGCAAUCCGAUCAUCGGACAGUUGUCAUCGUCCUAUUGCAUCUCUACGUUAGGGAAGUGGAACCACUUGUACCUCGCAUCUAGCUACGACUUCAACGUCUAUUCGUACCGUAGUGAUCUCACCGUGGGGUUUGAAUACUACACCAAGGAGCCAGAAACAGAUCCAAAGACAGACUCAAAGGAAGCCAGCACCAUUGCAAGCGGGAAUCAUGCCCGUUACAGCGAACCAGUGAAGGCACUCAAACAGUUUGAGAGAGUCAUCAACGACAUUGCCAAAGCUCCUGCGACAGAGCUAGAGAGUCGGUACAAGAACUUCAAAUCAGUUCUUAAGUCCACGUUUAGCCUUGACUUGCGCAUCUUCAAGCUCUUGUAUGACUUUAGAUUGGGCGACUUUGUCGUCAGUCUUGGGAUUGACUGGUUGUGGGGCAGAAACCGCAUGGCCAGUUCUGUGGAGGAGGGGUGUUCUACCGAGAGCAGUUCCGAGUUUGUUCCGUUCAGGCCUCGUCGCAUUGGUGUAUCUAUUCAAUAUUCGUCGUAGGCAGCAACAUUGACGGGUGUAUUGUGAAUGUGCCGCAACUAGUGUUAGUGUAUUUAGUAAUAGAAAACCAUUUAUCGAGUCGCCUCUGGGGAUUAGGACA